UUCAGAGUGUUGUCGCAAAUGACAUUAGAUGCAAAUAAGUAUGCACAUAAGUAAGUACUUAGGUAUUUACCCGUCUAAUAUUUAGGUACUUAUUACUUAAAAAGCUUUUAUCAUUAUUUGUAUGGCGUCUUACAGCGGACAGUACAAAUAUUUAACAUUUGAUACGUGUAUCAGUCUAUUCAAUAACUUAAUUUUACUAAAAUAAAUAAUUAGUGAGAAAUAAGUGUCUCCUAAUUGCGGGAAUAAUAGAAUACGCGACUGUUUGCUCCUGAAAUAUAUUUAUAGAAAAGAGAAAAAACAAACGGAAAGGAAAGAGAAGAGAAGACUUGGUUUGCCUUUUUUUACAGAAUUCUAGAUUGCAGUAAAGUUUUAUGUAAUAAAGAUAACAGUGUGUAAUGGUGUAACAUGGCAGUUGAAGAGCAAGAGGCAAACGAUGAUUAUUAUUUGGAACUGUCCGCUGAUCCAAUCAAGUUUGAGUCAGUCAGCUGUCUUACCAAUGUCUUUUUCGAUGAUUCUAAACAGCAGGUAUUUGCUGUUCGAUCGGGAGGUGUAGCAAGCGUGUUAGUAAAAGGUCCAAAACAAAACUUAAACUUUCGAAUGGAAGACAAAGGACCUGUGAUCUCUAUUAAGUUUUCACCUGAUAUGAAUAUAUUAGCGAUACAACGUACCAAUUCAUCGGUUGAAUUCGUUAAUUAUUCUCCUGUCAUUGGUUUAGAUAACAUAGAGUAUUCACAACCAUGCAAAGGAAAAAAUGCCACUAUAUUAGGUUUUGUUUGGACUCAUGGAAAUGAAAUACUGUUUGUUACUGAUUAUGGAGUGGAGUUAUUUCAAGUAAAUCCAGAGAAACGAAAUGUCAGAGCUUUAAAGUGCUUGAGUUUAGGAGUGAACUGGUUCGUUUAUUGUCCACAAAGCUAUUUGGUAUUGUUAUCAUCCGGUACAAUGGGGAAUCAAAUGCAAGCAUUACAUGUAACUCCUGGAAAUCUUCAUAAAUUGACCAAAUUUGAAAUGGAACCUGGUGCAACGAAACCGGGAAAAUUAGCGGUCUGCGAGAGAGACGUAGCACUGGCAGUUUUGUACGGAAUGCCUUGUAUUAUUUUAUUACGUCAUCAACCGGGUACGAAUCGUUCAAUGGGAACUGCAUCCGUCUACGUGUACACCGUUCACAAGAUGACUACAAUCAAGCGGAGUCAUAUUUUGCAGCUUGAUGUAAGCGGUAGAUUCGCCAUUAACGUUGUAGACAAUCUUAUUAUCGUUCAUCAUCAAGCUUCAAAGACUUCUAUGAUCUUUGACAUUAUGUUGCCGGGAGUGAGUGAUGGAACUGUAAUACACCACAGCAGCGUAGCAUCGGCAAAACCCAUUAAACCGUGCAGUUUAAAAGUACCAGGAGCUACUUUGUUAGAGCAUACAUAUCAACCUUGCCAAUUAUAUUCACCAAAUUGGGUUGUCUUUCAGCCAAAUAUUGUAAUAGAUGUAAAGCUAGGUUGCUUAUGGUAUGUAGAACUGAAGCUAGAAGCAUUGGUGAAACUGAUUACAGACAAAGUGCUACUGGUAGAAUUUUUAAUGCAACGAACGAACGCGAAACAGGUAUUAAUACAGGUGUUGCAAAAUUUCAUGAUGCAGUUACCCGUUAGUUUGAUGGAUAUGCCGACGAUAUUCGACAAAUUAAAUUCCGUGUAUCGGAAUUAUCUAGAAAGCGAAAUUCAAAGUCAGAUGGGAACUCCUUUACAAAACAAUGUGAGAAACAUUGGCGCACCGGCUGAAAAUUAUAAGUACAAACUUCUACUUGAUCAAAGCGAUAUGUACAGUUACAUAUUAUCAAAAUUUUCUGAAAAUACGAUUGAACCAAAAAUGAUUGUAUGGGUUCUCUUGGAAUACAUCAGAUCGUUGGCAGAGCACGGAAUACCCGUGCAGCAUUACUUACAUGAGUUGGUGAUUACAACAUUAGUGCAGCGGAAAGCGUACUAUCAACUUCAUCAGUUGUUGCAGUAUCAUGUAGUCGCUGAUUCAAAGCCUUUAGCAUGUCUUUUGCUUUCAUUAGAAAAUCUUUAUCCAGCUGCCCAUCAGCUCGCCUUGGAUAUGCUGAAAAGAUUGGGGAAUGCGCAUGAGGAAAUAAUCGAAGUUCUUCUCUCAAAAGGACACAUUUUACAAGCGCUACGUUAUGUCCGAUCCGUUGGUAUGGUUGAUCAAGUUUCCGCCAGGAAACUUUUGGAAGCGGCAAAAAAUACAGAGGAUGCCACCUUGUUUUAUUCGGUUUUCAAAUUUUUCGAACAACGUAAUUUAAAGUUGCAUAACACAACGGCUUUUGCGAAAGGAGAACACUGUCAGGCUUAUAUUCAACACUUCAAAUGUCUGUUUUAUGGAACUGAUAACGGAUGUAAUUCAGACACCAAUUCCAAUGUCACUACCAUUUCUUCUUGAAUGAUAUUUACAUAACCACAGAGGAACGUUAUAAUACAAAAGAUGGUGCUAGGACAAAAUAAUGGCGCCACAAUAGGUUCACGUAUGAUUCGAGGACAAAGACACGAUGAAUUAAGACAGGAAGAGCAAGGAAUUUCAACGUUUAGUAAUAAAAAUAUUUGUCUUUUUUAUAGCUUGUUUUUAUAACGCGCUCGAAAUCGUGUAGUAGAUGGAUCGAAUUUAUGUAUGCACGACGAAGAAGAAUAUUGUUGCAUUCCGAGAGAAUGCAGGAGAUCGCUUUGUGCUUACAGUUUAGAGGAACAAAUGGUCAGAAAAU